UAGAGGUUCUCCGCUCUGUGGCCGAGAGAGCUAUGACAGUAAAUAAUGUACUAUUGCUACUACGUAGACAAUACCAUGCACUCGCAACAGUAGCCUCUGAAAUCCAAACUAUACCCUCCAACAGUUCAAAAAAUUACACCCACUACCUUCGCCUCCUCUCAUCAUGCAAAGACCUUGAGUCACUGCUUCAAGUCCAUAGCCAUUUGAUAGUUUCAGGCCUCAAAGAAGACCAUUCCACACUCACCCAUCUCAUUAAUUCUUACUCUUUGUUUCACAAAUGUGAUUUGGCUCGCUCUGUUUUUGAAUUCACGUCAAACCCACGUGUUACUUUGUGGAAUUCAAUGAUUAGAGCUUAUACGAGGUCAAAACAAUACAAAGAAGCUCUAAAUAUGUAUCAUUUUAUGUUAGAGAAAGGGUGUGAGCCUGAUAAGUAUACAUUCACGUUUGUUUUAAAAGCUUGUACUGGUGCUCUUGACUUGCAAAAGGGUGUUCUUGUUCACCGUGAAAUAGCCUGUAGGAGACUGGAAUGUGAUGUGUUUAUAGGGACUGGUCUUGUUGAUAUGUAUUGUAAAAUGGGUGAUUUAAGAAGUGCACGUGAGGUGUUUGAUUGUUUGCCUAAAAAGGAUGUUGUGGCUUGGAAUACAAUGAUUGCGGGGUUGUCACAAAGUGAGGAUCCUCAUGAGGCGUUGGGGUUAUUUUGGAGUAUGCAGUUGGGAGGAGUGAAGCCGGAUUCAGUGAGCUUGUUGAACUUGGUUCCAGCUAUUUCGAGAUUAGCUGAUAUUGAUUCUUGUAAGUCUAUUCAUGGAUAUGUGGUUAGGAGGGAUUUUCAGGCUGCGAUUUCAAAUGGGUUGAUUGAUAUGUACUCUAAGUGUGGCGAUGUGAAUGCUGCUCGACGGGUUUUUGAUCACAUGUGGGGACGAGAUGGUGUGUCGUGGAAGACAAUGGUGGCAGGGUAUGUGUUUAAUAGAUGUUUCUUUGAGGUUUUGAAGUUAUUUGAUAGAAUGAAAGUGGAGAAUUCUAAGAUAAAUAAGACUUCUGCUGUAAGUGCUCUAUUGGCAGCAGCAGAAAUGAGAGAUUUAGAGAAAGGAAAGGAGAUCCAUGAGUGUGCAAUACGAGAAGGGAUUGAUUCAGAUGUUUUGGUUGCUACUCCUAUCAUGACCAUGUAUAUAAAAUGUGGAGAAUUAGAAAAGGCCAAGAAAUUGUUUAAGGGACUUAUGGAAAGAGAUCUGAUUGCUUGGGCUGCUUUUAUAUCUGCUCUUGUCCAAUCUGGAUAUCCUGAAGAAGCAUUGUCUAUAUUUCGAGAUAUGCAGAAUCACAAUCUGAAACCAGAUAAAACAACUCUGAUGAGUAUCCUUCCUGCAUGUGCAGAUUUAUUGGCUAUAAGAUUAGGUAAAAGCGUGCACUGCUAUGCUAUUAAGUCUGACUUUGAUUUUGAUAUUUCAACAGGAACAGCUCUAGUAUUCAUGUAUUCUAAAUGGGGAUUAUUUACUUGGGCAGUGAAUGUUUUCAAUAGACUUCCAUGUAAAGAUGUUGUGACAUGGAAUAUUUUAAUAAAUGGCUAUGUACAGUUUGGUGAUCCAUACCAUGCAAUGGAAUUCUUCCAUGAAUUACAGCUAUCUAAAAUACAUCCAGACACAGGAACAAUGGUGGGUUUGCUUCAUGCUUGUUCCCUGUUAAACGGCCUACACCAAGGCACCAGCAUUCAUGGUCAAAUUAUGAGAAGUGGAUUUGAAUCUGACUGUCCUGUAAGGAAUGCUCUCAUUGACAUGUAUGCAAAAUGUGGAAGCCUUUCCUCAGCUGAAUUAUUAUUCUACAAAACAGAGUUUGCAAAGGAUGAAGUAUCUUGGAAUGUGAUAAUUGCAGGAUACAUGCAGAAUGCUCAUGCAAAGAAAGCCAUAUCCACCUUUUACCACAUGAUAAUGGAGAACUUUCAGCCCAAUUUGGUCACAUUUGUGAAUGUCCUUCCAGCAGUGGCAUCUUUGGCAGCCUUACGAGAAGGCAUGGCUUUUCAUGCUUACAUUAUCCGGAUGGGAUUUCUGUCUAAUACACUUGUUGGGAAUAGUCUUAUUGAUAUGUAUGCUAAAUGUGGGCAGCUCAAUUAUUCAGAGAAUUUCUUUAAUGAGAUGGAAAACAAAAACACAGUUUCAUGGAAUGCAAUGCUUACAGGGUAUGCAGUUCAUGGGCAAGGCAACAAUGCCAUUGCACUUUUCUCACUCAUGCAAGAGAGCCAUGUCCAGGUUGACUCUGUGUCUUUCAUCAAUGUUUUGUCAGCUUGUAGACAUGCAGGUUUAAUAGAAGAAGGAAGGAAAAUUUUUGAGUCCAUGUUUGAAAAACACCAUUUCGAACCAGAGUUGGAACACUAUGCUUGCAUGGUAGACCUUCUGGGUCGUGCUGGUCUGUUUGAUGAAACUUUGAUUUUGAUAAAAACAAUGCCAAUGAAACCUGAUGCUGGAGUUUGGGGAGCAUUAUUGGGUGCUUGUAAAAUGUACUCUAAUAUCAAGUUAGGAGAAAUUGCGCUGCAACAUCUUGUUAAACUUGAACCUGAAAAUGCAACAAAUUAUGUAGUUUUAUCGAGUUUGUUUGCUGAAUCUGGUAAUUGGGGCGAUGAGGGCAGCAUAAGGUCAAGGAUGCCUGAAUCUGGGUUGAAGAAAACUCCAGGAUUUAGUUGGGUUGAGGUCGAAAACAGGUUCCAUGCAUGCAUUCAGAGUCGGUGACCCAAGGAAUUUUUUUAAGAUUGUGGACCAGAAGCUUAGUUGGUUUCUUCAGAAUAGAUCUGGCCACUCGGCUUCUGGAGCAAAAAAGAAGCUGAGAUUUGGUAUGCAAGCCAAGAAAUGAGGGCGGUAUGGGAUUGAGGAGAUUAGAGGAGUGGACUAAGGCAGGCUCCGUCCGGCUUGUAUGGGUUCACUUGAAUCUUCUCAAAUGAAGAAGUCUUUGGAUGGUCAAAAUUCAUCAAGACUGCAGCUGGUCUUGGAGGAAGAUUUUGAAUCUAAGAUAAAUUACUAGGCCAUUCAUUAAGUUCAUGGUAGGUCAGGUGAAACUGUCUCCCUAACCUAUGGCAUGACUGUCGACACUCCAAUGACACUUUGCUCCUCCAAUAUGGUUAUCAGGUAGUAUAUGAUGCAGCAAGUUCCUAUGAAGCAAAAUUAUCUAGUGUCUUACGGAUGUUAACUGGUUUUGGCACCCUGCUAGAUCAGAGGACCUGGUGGUGGUGGUGGGUAUUCAAAGCAAGUUGAGAUUGAUGGAGAUUGGGAGAUGGACUGCUGGAAGCUACUAUAAUUCUUUAAAACAAUUCCCAGACUUGCUUUGAUUGGCUUGUUAACUAUUCAUAUUUGGCUCACAACUAAGGAUUGAUUGAUAAGCUAGGACAUUGCUAUGGACACUCACUUGUUUUUCCAGUGUUCUUUUCUGAAAAGGAUUCAGGGAACAUUGAUUACAUUGUGUCUAAUCAAAAAUCCUAAAUAUCAUUGGGAGGAUGUUAUGUGCUGGAGUGAAUCAAAAGUAUGAAGUCCCUUCUUCUACGCAGACUCUCAUUGUGGUCUACAGUUUACCACAUAGAGGAAUGCAAUUAACUCUGAAAAAGGCAUUGCGAGGAAAAUUAAAUGGGAGAUCAAAAAUAGAAUAGAAUGUGGUGGAAAAUUUUGUAAUCUGUAGAAUAAUUUAUAGCACUCUUUGUGGCAUUUGGGAUAUUUCUUUUCUCUGUUUUUUUUUUUUUUGGCUAAUCGAUACCUUUGGAUUAUUUGUGUUUUUGUUAUUAGGAGUACAUCUGUAACUGGUGUCUUGGUAAGGAGGCGAGAGUUUGUAAGUUGAGUUCUAUUGUUGGUGUAGCUGUUUUGUGUUGUUAAUGAACUAUUUUGACCUGUGUUUCAGAUCCUUAAAAUGAAGA